AUGGCGUUUCCUCAUGAGAGUCCAGAUUAUGGCAGUGAAUUCAUGGUAAUUGGUAGUUUUCAGAGCAAACUUUGGACAUAUGUCCAAUUCCCUUACAGCGUUCGUACUAUGAAACCAGGGCCUGUAUUGAAUGAACAUCUACACUGGUUGGCCUCUAAGAAAAGUUGGGGUCACUUCCUCUCAACCCAUCAAAUCAUUUCCUUUGAUCCACAGAGCGAUAAAUUCAAGAAGGUACCAAUGCCACAGUCUAAGGAUGAGGAUGGAGAUGGAGAUAUUAUACUUGGUUUGGGAGCUCUAGAUGGAUGUCUUUGUAUGACUCGCUUCGACAAUCCUAGAAACUUUGAAGGCAAUGUUGAGGUAUUGGCAAUGAAGGAAUAUGGUAUGAAAAGCUCUUGGACUGUUAUGUUCGCGAUAUCGAAUUUGGCCAGAGUAUUUUGUUCCUAUCAUUGGUUUGUGCCGUUGUGUUCUACAAAGAAUAAUGAAGUUAUAAUGAACCUCUGCAUAGGGGUGGAUGAAAGAUAUGUAACGGCUUACAAUCCCACUGACAAUUCAAAUAGGGAUAUUCUAAUGGCUACUGAUAAUUACGAUUUCAAUGCAAUUAUGUAUGAGGAAAGUUUGGUGACACCACCUGAUUACAAUUGGGAAAAGGAAGAGCUGAGAGGGGAAGCAACAUAUUUUGAAAGAUAA